AUGGGUAAUAUUGUAUCAGCAGAGGGUGUGAAUAUAAAAUCAUUUGAAAAUAAAGACGGUCCUCCACCAGAAUGUCCUAUGCAUAACAAAACUAAGACGUCUAGUGCCAAAAAUCCAACAUCGGAGUGUCCAGUUCAGCAAGAAAAAAAUGAUGUUAAUCCUUAUAAUAUGAUGCCUCCAGCAAAUCAACAACCAGCCCCAGACCAGCCUUUUCCACUUCCAACAAAUCGACAAGUGUCAUCAAUCCCAAGAGCAAUGCCAGAUGGUUCUACUGAAUUUUGGGUGUACCCAAGCCAACAAAUGUUCUGGAAUGCCAUGUUACGGAAAGGCUGGCGUUGGAAAGAUGAUGACAUAAAACAAAAAGAUAUGGAGGACAUUAUUCGUAUACACAAUGCCAAUAAUGAACAGGCUUGGCAGGAAGUUUUGAAGUGGGAGGCAUUACAUGCGAAGGAGUGUGGACACCCAAGAUUGAAAAGCUUUGGGGGGAAAGCAACAGAUUAUAGCCCAAGAGCCAGGAUGCGUUCUUUGUUAGGGUAUGAACUCCCCUUUGACCGCCAUGAUUGGAUUGUAGACAGAUGUGGAAAAGACGUAAGGUACGUUAUAGACUAUUAUGAUGGAGGGGAAGUCGACAAUAAAUAUCAGUUUGCACUCCUAGAUGUGAGGCCGGCUUUAGACUCUUUUGAAAAUGCAUGGGACAGAAUGAAAGUAAUGUAUAUGAGAUAUCGCUAUGAACUUAUUGGUAACAAAGAAAAUACAAAAUUAAAAAACUAA